UUGCGGGUGGGUGGCGCCAUUGAGCAGCGCCACCACCUGUGACGUAGAAACGCUACGGAGCAACCACCAAGCGAAGAAGAACAACAAAAAGCAGCCAGCUCUUCAGUGUUUCACGUCAGCUCCUUCCUCCGCGUCCGAGAGACACAUGCUUCAGCUUAGAAAGAUGUAACUGGAGCCGAAGAGGGUUUCUGUGGUGUGGAGGUUCGUGUGGAGUCAGAAGUGACGCUGCUGUCGCUGCCAGACUUUGUUUUCGGCAGCUGGGGCUAGCUGUGCGGUUAGCUCCUCUUCAACUAGCUCAUCAACGACUGUCUGUCUGUCCGGAGAAAGACUGUCUGUCUGUCUGUCCGAAAACUGUCUGUCUGUGUCUGUCCGGAGAUAAUCAGCCGGUGUUUACCGUCCACAUCAACCUGACACCUCUGCCCGCCCCGUGCUAGACUCCAGUGUAGAAAUGGGAAGUCUGGGCAGCAGGUUUCAGUCCCCCUCUCAGGGACCAGAGGAAGCCGCAGAGGGCACAAGUCUCAGCCGCAAGCAUGGAUGCGAGUGUAAGAAGAGGAAACGAAAUGCCCAGUGUGACUGUGACAGUGAACAGGACGAGGAUGAUGCCAUACUAGAUACACCUCGCAGGAAGAAACUGAAAAGCACAUCACGAUACAUUUAUCAGACUUUGUUCCUGAAUGGGGAAAACAGUGACAUUCGCAUCUGUGCUCUGGGACAGGAGUGGAACCUUCACAAAGUGUACCUGUGUCAGUCGGGGUAUUUCUCCAGCAUGUUCAGCGGCUCAUGGAAAGAGUCCAACAUGAUGGAAAUCAACCUGGAGAUCCCCGACCAGAACAUCGACACUGAAGCUCUACAAGUCGUCUUUGGAUCCCUGUACCGGGAUGAUGUCCUGAUCAAACCCAGCAGGGUUGUCAGUAUUCUUGCCGCUGCUUGUAUGCUACAGCUGGACGGCUUGAUCCAGCAGUGUGGAGAGACUAUGAAGGAAAACAUCAGUGCAAAGACCGUUUGUGGAUACUAUGCUUGUGCCAGUAUCUAUGGCCUGGAUUCAGUCAUGAAAAAGUGUCUCGAGUGGCUUCUGAACAACCUGAUGACUCACCAAAAUGUCGACCUGAUGAAGGAACUCGGGGUAGAGGUGAUGGAGCAGCUCAUCCAGUCCUCAGAUCUGUUCGUCAUGCAGGUGGAGAUGGAUGUAUACACUGCUCUGAAAAAGUGGAUGUUUCUGCAGCUCAACCUGUUGUGGGACGGCCCAAUCAAGCAGCUUCUGGCUGAUGCUGAUGCCUGGCUUUGUAAACGUAGAACAGACCUGUGUGAGAAAGAGCCCUUCUUGAACACAGAGGACGGAGCACCUUUUCGUUCAGUGUUCAAAUACGUUCGUCUUCAGUACAUCAUCAACGAUCUGGCAUCCGCACGCAUCCUGGAGAGAGACAAUAUUUUGCCCCCUGAUUGGUUAACGUCGGUGUACAAAAACCAGUGGUUCGCUAUGCUCCGGACCGAAUUUGACAAUGAUAAUGGCCCCCAUGAAGCUAACAAAGAGGAGUUUGAGCUGAGCAGUAUGAGAUGCGGCAGGAAGCUGACUAAAGAUGGAGACUACUGCUGGCGAUGGACAGGCUUUAACUUUGGUUUUGACCUGUUGGUGACCUACACGAACCGUUUCAUAGUCUUCAAAAGAAAUACUCUGAGUCAGCCAUGUGGGGGCGCUGUGAGUCUGCAACCUCGAAGACAUCUGGCAUACAGGUUGCGUCUUGCCUCCUUCGAUAGCCGUGGAAAACUGGUCUGCAGUCGCUCAACAGGUUACCAGCUCCUCACCCUUGAGAAAGACCAGGAGUACGUGGUGAUGAACCUGGACAGCCGGUUGUUAUCAUUCCCCCUCUACGUGUGCUGUAACUUCCUGUAUACAUCGCCUCAUUCGGACCAGCGUCCAGAGUCUUCAGAACAAGAAAGCACUACUCACAGCGUGUCUUGAUGGCCGGUCCAGCAGCCGUUAAAUGCUACUAUUCCUCUGGUAAUGCUGAGACACUGACACGAGCUUGUAUGUACAAUCCACCAGCACAUUUAACAUCACUUCACAUCAAUGGACAUAUCAUCUGCAUGCUGUGUAACUCGGUGAGGUGUUUGGGGGAAAAUGUUUUGUAUGUAUGUAUUCAGUGUUUUAGCACAUUCUGAGUUAGUGACAUAUACAUCACAUUGGCCAGGACCAGGCCGCCCUUUGCCUUCAGAGCAGUUUCAAACUGUGGACCUCUGUCAGGAACUGUCCUCACUGUGACGUUGGACCAUUUCUUUAAGAUGGAAGACCUCCAAGUUCGCUGGAAAUCUGCUUUGAACUCAGCACUUCAGAACUUUAAACAACUGCUACACGUUUUUUUUAGAUGUGGAGAAGAUCAUGGACGGGUUUGACUUUACACUUGCGUCAAUGAAACCACUGAAGAAUUGGUUUAUUGGUGUGUAUGGGGGCAUUGUCAUCAUCCUGGAAUAUGGGAACAGCACCAGAGGGUGAAAGAGGACCUUUAUAUAAAAAGUCUGUUGCUUGUUCUGAACACAUGUAAACUGAAUGUGGGAUGUGGUCAGAGGUGGGAUGGCUGCACUUGAUAACCUGACCAGUGCAAAGCCAGGUGGACAUAUUUUCCACCCCAUUUCAAAUCGGCAUACAAAACAACACCUGUUGUUUGCGCCGGCUUGAAUGGACGUCUCCGCACACACACACUCACAAUCUAGACUAUUAAACACACAUUUCACGUGACGCGUUGGAAACGGCACUGUAAAAUCUCUGCCAACACUUAAAAGCUCAAUUAAAGCCUGACACACACACACACAGCUACUCUACCACCAGCUGCUGUUUGAUAAUCAGCUGAUAGUGAUUAAAAGCUGGAUUUUUUUACCCUAGGUGGGUCCGUCUCACUCAGUCUUAAACCGGACAUGUCUCCAUGCUGUUUUACACCAGAGCAGCUUCUGUUAACUCUCAGAUUAUUCUGUAUCAACUGUGGACUUAAAAUAUUAUAUAACAAUUUAAUAUAUAACAAUUGUUGCAAAAUCCAAUGAUAUGAACAAAAAUACUGCUUCAAGUGAUAAACUAGUAAAACCCCAAGCAUGCUGAGUCUUUGUGCAUUAGCCUGAUUUACAGUUUACAGUUGGAUGUUCAAUCAUUGACAGUCACAGAAAUGUUGACACUGCAGCUUUCUGAGACUCUACACAGCGUUUACCAGCUACACUGUCAAAUGUCUGUUUGCGGGUGUUAAACUGAGACACAGCUCCUCUUUGGAGUCACAGUUUGUCCCCGUUUGACAGACUAUUUAAACUGCUCCCACCCUCACACCUUUUUGAAGUUAUACUGUUGUACACACCUUUUGUACUAUUAAUUCGAUCGCUAUUUGUUUGGCAGUUUUGGAAAUCUAUUGUUACCUCAUGAUGUUUUGAGAUCAUCAGCGGCGGACGCGUACUGCUAACUCACCCUAGUCAGCGCGACUCGUCUGUACGGCUGCAUCUGAAGAAGUUCAAAGAUGAACAUGUUUCUUUUUUUGUUCUGCAUUUAUUUAUUUUUUAUUUCACUUGUAUUUGUAUGGAUUUAUUUUUGUGAAAGAAAAUGUGUAAACGAUCCUCGACAGCCAAUAAAACUGCCCAUUCACGUGGGCUGUGGUGCUAUCACACAUCUCUUUUCCCAGCAUAGGUCUUUACUACAGCUGCACAGUUGUUCACGUGUUUCUGCUUCUGUAGACAAAAAGUUACUGGUGAUAAAUAUUGAUCGUGUACUUUGCUGCUCACCCUCUUUAUCUCCCUUUCCUCUGUGCUGAAGCCUGAUUCCCUCCACAGUGACAUUCAUAGGGACACACUUAUAGUAACAUACUGACAGAGCUGUACAGCAAUUGUAUUCUGUUAACGUCAGUGAUCAUGCAUCACAGCUCAUUAUCAUCGUUGAUGACUAAUCCUGUCAUAACUGCUUGUUGCGUACACGUAUUGCCCACACAUUAUAAUCUCUGCAAAGAGGUCCAGAUUCAGGUCAAAACAGCUGAUCUUCAUCAAGGAAUGUAAAGGGUUUGAUGAAAAUGAGCAGAUCUUAGCUGACAAACAUUAAGACGGAAAAAGGGGUUUUCAUACACUGAACUAAAUUAUGUAAAAAGUAUAUUCUGUUAGUGGCAGAUGAACGUGUAGAUGGAGCAGUUCUCUCCUCUGCAGAGGAAUAUAAUUAAAAUCAUCUUGGAGAGGAUGCUUUUAUCAAGGCUCUUGUUUCUCAACAUGUAUAUGAUGUAAAUACUCACAAGCAAACAAGAAUUGUUUCUGUGAGUUCUGUCAGAUUAUCAACCAUCCCAGCUUGACUGUUCUGUUUACCCGUCAUCCGAAAACGAUGCCAUGGUUCCCUCAAUAUUAUCGAUAUCAUCGCACUAUAUCGACCUUGUUCCAUCUGCUUGAUGUUCUACGUUACUAUGUCUUUAUGAACUCCUUGUGGUUUAUCUAAUUCUCCUCCAAAAGCUGGAAUUCAUUUUCAAUUCACCGGAUUGGUUUCAUUGAUGAUACUUUCGAUUUGGACCAAUGAAAGGAGUUGUGGGAUUUACAUCAGGUCUUCAGUGUGUUU